AGCCGGAGCGCGUGCUGAUAACGUGUUAAAAGAAAAGAGAGACAAUUGACAAGUAGUGGAAUCGCUGUUCUCAUUGAUUGGGUUUGUUACAAUAUAUACAUCCCGUAGGGACGCGACGAUACAUAAGGACACGAAGGGAGAGGCGCGUCGGUUGCCUGUUGGCAACGGCAUGGCAGUUAACAAGGGGAGAAUCCCUUUCAAUUAAACAUGUGUGUUUAAUUCUAACACCAAGCAUGCACGUACCAACAUGUAUUUAAAUUCAUCUGGGAGUAGUAUUACUCAUAUUGAUGCAUCUUAGACCUACCAUACCUCACCUGAUCAACGUCGCUUACACCUGAUGAUCCUAGCUUGAACCAAUCCAUCCCCUAUAUAUUUUGACAUAGUGGCAUCAACGAUCUUACAGCACAUUCUAUCGUGCAGCCAUUUCUCUCUACCACUUCCUUGGAUCCUAUCAAAUUUAUCUCUAGUGCUAACUUCUAGCUCCGAUCUUUUCAGUUAGCCAGCUAGUCGGUCAACAUUUAAUCCAUGGGGGCUAAAGUUCUUAUCCUGAUCACCGUGACCGUGGCCAUGCUCCGGAUGGUGCUCAGCACCAGUCUCACGGUGGGUGUGCCGGCCGGAUCAUGGGACCUGCAGACCAACUACACCAUGUGGGCUUUGAGAACUAGGUUUACCAUCGGCGAUGAGUUCCAAUUUCAGUACUCCACCACCGUGCACAAUGUGGUGGAGGUGAGAAAGGCUGGGUACGACGCCUACAACAGCUCCAGCCCCAUCGCGAUGUUCCUAACCAGCAACGAUGUCGUCCCACUUGCAGCCAUUGGGAUGCGGUACUUCAUUUGCGGCGUCCCAGGGCAUCGCGUCGCCGGUAUGAAGGUUCAAGUCAACGUGAAGUCGAAGGCAGUGUGGACAGUACGACGGUGCCGAGGGACGGGGAAGCGGCUCCGGUGCCGGUCCGAGACUAUCUUAAGCUCGGCCAUGACGGCUGGCAUUGAUCAGUCUGCGAUGGCGCGACUAGGCCUGGCCUUUGUCGCGGCUGGUCUCGUGUUGUUCUAUUAGUGACCGUCGAUAAUGGUGCUUUUUUCUUCUUAACGCGACGCGCAUGCGUAUUUGUGUAUUAUAAAUUAAUUCUUUUGUUAAAUGUAAUUUCUUCCAUUAUAAUUGGAUUUAACUUAUAUUCUUGCGAACCAUAAUCAUGUGUAUAUA